AUGUGCGCCGCAGCUGAGGCGCGUCGCUUCAAGCGGCCCCCCAUGGGGCCCUGGCGCCCCCCGGCGCGAUCCGCGGUCCGGGCGCCGGCGCCGCCCACGCCCUCGCACCCACGCCUGCACGACCCGCUCAAGAAGUGCAAAGAGCACUGGCGCGACGCCAGGCUGGACCACUUCAGCUGGUCCGCGCCGGAGGUGCCUGGCGCUGCCACUUUCAAACAGCGGUACUACACAUGUGAUAAGCACUGGCGCAGGGACGGCCCUAUCUGGUUUUACGCGGGCAACGAGGCAGACGUGCUGCUCUACCUCAACCACACCGGACUAAUGUUUGAGAACGCCCGCGACUUUGGCGCCCUGCUGGUGUUUGCCGAGCACCGUUACUACGGACGGUCGAAGCCGUUUGGGGCGGACACGCGCAAACACAUGGGAUGGCUCACGGCAGAGCAGGCCAUGGCUGAUUAUGCUGAGCUGCUGACAGAGAUCAAGGCUGACCUGGACGCCCCAGACGCCCCCGUCAUCGUGUUUGGGGGCUCCUACGGCGGCAUGCUUGCCGCCUGGUUCAGAAUGAAGUACCCCCACAUCGUCGACGGCGCCAUCGCUGCCAGCGCCCCGAUCUGGAACUUUUACGGGGAGGUGCGCGCCGGAGCCUCGGGCGCUGGACGCGGCUGGCGCCGUGUGGUGCAUGCGCACUGA